AUGCAGCUUGGUUAGCUAUUAGCCUUACCCACAUAGUGCCUAAACAGACAGCCGGAACAAUAUCCAUUCCCGUGGAGUAAUUGACGCCCUAUCCAUCCACCUCACACCUCAAAUCACCCUCCCCAACCCAUCACCCACCAUGCCCAAAGACAAAGAACGCAGCUUAAACCCGGCGGCGCAACAACGCAAACUCGACAAACAAAAAAGUCUCAAAAAAGGCAAAGCCGAAGCGCAAGCCCGACGAAACGAGAAACUAGCGCGUCGCAACCCCGAGCGCAUCCAACGACAAAUCAACGACCUCAAAGCAUUCGAAGAAUCGGGACAAAAGCUACGACCCCGCGAUCAGGAGCUUCUGGAAGCCCUGGAACGUGAUCUGCGCGCCGUGCAGAAGGCCAGAGAAGCGUUGGGCGAUAAGGCACCCAAAUUCGACAACUUUGAAUCUAGACGAGGCGGUCAGCACCGUGGGCGCGGGGAUGCUGCAGUCUUAGGCAAACGCAGGCGAGAUGGCGGCGACGGCAACCGGUUUAGGCACGAUGGUGAUGACGGGAGUAGUAGUAGCGACGAGACAGAUGAGGAGGUGAGAAGGAUACCCAUGCCGAGGGAUACGCCUCCGCCUAUCCCGCGACAGUAUCGGAAAGGAGGGCCAGGAGGAGAGGCUGCAGGUGGUGGUCGGGGCCCGCACGCUCUUCCGGCGAAACCGCCCGUCGUUGAGGCGAAGACUGUGUACGAGGCCAAGCCGGAGAUCAGGAAUCUCCGACAAGAGGCGAUCAAUAAGUUCGUUCCUGCAGCUGUCAGGGUCAAACAGGAAGCUAUACGGGGACAAGGCAAGCUCUUGGAACCAGAGGAGAUGGAUCGGCUGGAGCAAGCAGGGUAUAAUGCCGGACCUGCAGAAGGCGAGGAGAAAGCUUCGUCAGCUGCACCAGAUGAUGACGACGCUCAACGCAGACUCGAAGAAGAGGAGAGGCGGUUCAGUCAGGAACUUCGGUCUGUGCAGAUCGAAGAGGUGGAGGAUGAGGAAGCAUAAUAAUCAAUCACUUCUUCUUCCACCGUGACCUGACUCGUGCCCCGUCACCCCAUGAUUAGGAUCUUACGAGGCGUUAGUCGGAUCUCAAAUCAAUGUACCUAUAACUCGAUGCGAUA